CAUCGACGAGUAUGGGGCGUCACCAGGAGAAUCCAGUGCGACUGUAUUUUCACUACGACCCCGUCGCCAACAAGUCGCGCUGCCAAAUCGAUGGCUGCACCGGCGAGAUCGCAGGAAACCAUGCUGGCAACUUACAGCGGCAUGUCCAGCGGAUACACCCAUCUGCGUUUGCGAGACUGCUCUCAUCCAUCGACAUGGAGGAUCUUUCAUUGCCAUCCUCUUCUUCAUCAAAGAGACCCUUUUCAGAAGUGGAUAGUGAAAGGACAAUAGAGUUUUUCCAAGACAGUGUAGUCGUGAAGAAACCCAGGGCUGAGCAGUUCUGCAUCAGACCCGAUUCCAUAAUGGAUGCCUGUGUUGAACUUGUUACUCUCAAUGGCAGACCGUUCUCCUUGAUGGAUGACACCGGGUUUAGAAAAAUUCUAGAACCCGUGCUUGAUAUAAUGGGCAAAUCUGUCAGAAUAGACAGCGAUAGCAUCCGUGACAUGGUUUCUGAUGUUGCCGAAAGAGAACGUGAAAAUCUUGUAAACUGGCUGAAGGGAAAACUUUUGAUGUUGAAAGUAGACGCUGCCAGCUACAGAGACAGGUCUGUCCUUGGUAUCAACGUCCAGUUUACUGAGGGAGAGCGCAUCGUACUGCGAACACUGGCAGUUAAGGAGCUGCAUGAGAGUCACACAGCCAGUUACAUUUCUUCAGUGGUGCGUGACGUUUUAAAGACUUACAGCAUUGAUAUAAAGCAGGUGUACUCCAUCACAGUUGACGAUGGAGUAACAAUCCCAGAUGCACAGUCGCUGCUUCAGAAGGGGGACAGCAGAUACGUUGGAGAAGAUUCGGUGGAGGUGGAAGACCAGCAUGACAAAGAGAAGCAUGCUACAGAAGGGAAGGCCCCAUUAGCAUGGGGGGACGGAGAGGGUCAGCUCACCUUAGACAUCUAUGAGACGUCUGGGAAUGUGACGGGGGAAAUCCAUAGUGUCGGCAGCGGGGGUCCGAUCCUGAGAGGCGAGAGGUGCUCGGCCCAUGUGUUCCACUUGGCGGUGGACGAUGCGCUGCAGGACAGGACCAUCUCCGGCCUCGUUUCCAAGGCCAGGCGCUUGAGCGAGAAGCUGCAGACGGCCAACGUCUCCGGGUUUCUGAGGAGGCUGGGUCAGAGGGCGGCGAUCGUGGACCGCCCUUCCGCUUGGGUUUCCACCCACGACAUGCUGGAGCGGCUGUGGGAACUGAAGACCUUCUGUCAGGACAUGGCUCCCAGCAUCGAGGAGCUGCACCUGGAAGAGUCGGAGUGGGAGGAGACGUUGCUGCUCGUUUACGCUCUCAAACCCGCCAAAGCGACCGCGAGGCUCUUCCAGUCCGAGCAGCUGACCGCGGGAGACUUCUUCGGUGCGUGGCUCAAGUGUAAAAUCGAGACGGACAAAAUCGGCGGGCCGUUCGCGACGCUGCUGGUGGAAUGCCUGAACCGGCGGCAGCACGUGCUGUUCGAGAACGAGCCGUUCCUGGCAGCCGUGUUCCUCGAUCCGCGGUACAAAGUGCUCCUCACGGACGGCCAGGCCGAGCAGGCCAAGGGCCGCCUCUGUAAGGCGUGGGGGAUGAUCCAGGCCCUCUCGCAGAACAAGCAGCACUCGCCCUUUUCUCCCGCGGAUGUGGAGUUCAGCGGCAAUGAUUCUGAUGAUGAGAUAGAGGAGAUGCUGAGAGCCAGGGAGAGGGAAAAUGGCGACGAGGGCACGAAAUGCAAAACUGUGAUGAUGUCUACGCUGAGUGCGUAUUCCAACGAAGCCCGGAUAAAGAGGGAAGAGAAUAUAUUUAGAUACUGGAUUAAUACGUCCCAGGUCAGUUCAGACUUGUACAAGCUUGCUGUCAGCGUGAUUCCCUUUCCGGUGACGCAAGUCAGCAUGGAGCGGGCGUUCUCAGGGCUGAAAUACAUGCUUUCUCAAAGGGCGAGAAUGAAGGAUAAUGACCUAGAAGACAUUCUGUUUGUGCGGCUGAAUAAGCAAUUUGGUAUAUAGACCAUUCUUGCAAUCUGUGGGUUUUUCACACUAAUUACUACUACUGAUUAUUUUCCAUCAAUUCUUUGUCUUAAAGGAAACUGAAAGGUCACUCAAAAUGUACACAUUUUUCUGUUCAUUUUGAAAGUGGGGCUGUGAACCAAUCGGCACAUUUCAUUAUCGCUGAUUAACAAUUAAGAAGAAAAAUGUUUUUCACCGAGAGCUUGGUGAGUUCCCUGAAAGUACAGUAACUCACCAAACUGAGUUUUUCAGCUUAUGUUUGCAUUUACUUUUAAGUCAAAUUAAUUGGAUCGUUUGAUUGAACAACACAGGCAAUUGCAUCUAGUUCUGUAAAGGCCAUUCAAGUUCCAAAAACAGCAGUUACAUAUUUCUGUACCCUAAAGGAACAAUUCACGUGCAAAAUAGCAAUCUGUAUGCAGGGAAUGUUUUUUUGUGGUGGCACUCAAAAACUUAACAAAUACAGUUUCAUUGCUUUUGUACAUUAUGAAGAACACCUUCCUAAAAUUGUCAUUUUAUACAAAAUGUUCUUCUGAUUUGGCAUUAUAACAUGUACGGUCCCCAUCAUUCAUUUCACCCACAUCUUUUAAACAUCAUAGACAACAACACUGAGGCAAGAUACAUUAAUACAAUGGCAGCAUACAUUCUUUAAAGAUAAAGAAACGUAUUGACAUGUUAAAUUACAUGUAUCUGUGUAUUUGUACAUGAUUAAUUCUGAAAAGGUAAUGACAACCGGCUAAGAGCAUCCAUUUUAAUGUAAAUAUAUGAAACGGGGACAGAGUUCUUCACGUACAUCAUCAGGUUUAGUUUGUCAAAAUCUUAGGAGCGUUCUCUUGUAAGUAGAGUAUUUCACAUAUCAUAGUCUAGAUACUUGUGUUACCAUCAGCAUUCUUGUUUUUGACUGAAUUUCUCCUUUCUCCAAAAAUCAAUUCAGAUUGCUUUCAUGAAUGUCAAAAAUCCAAUUUUUUAUAUUUUCAAAGGAUAAAAGGAUAUGGUGGGCAUAUGUGUGAUUGAUUGGAAAUUAAUUUUAUACAUAAACGUAGGAGUUUUCUUAAUUUGAUUUGAAGUGAAUUUAUUGUUUGACGAUUAUAGGAUUUUUACUAUUGUAAAAAGUGUGUUGUAUGUCUGCCAUUUACAGGAUACAUACUGUAAUUGGUUUGUUCUGAACACCUGACUGUCCUGCUGUGACUAGCUAUAGAGAAUUCUGGUUUCAGCUGUCUUCUAUGCACCAAACGGAAUGGUAAUAUGUGUUGUGUUCCACUGUACUGGCAACCUGUUCAAGUGUAUCCAGGAAAUUAAUGGUGAGAAAAACAAUAAAAAUCGAUUACCUAAAUAAAUAUAUUUUAUUAAUAAACAA